GCACAUAUAUAUUAUGAGGGCUAGAGAUGAUGCCAUAUACUUUUCUUUGGAUUAUUAAGGAAAACAUAGAGAUACCAAGUGAAUAUGGAGAAGAGUAAGAGUGGAAGUUUGAGAAAAGGUGCAUGGACAUAUGAGGAAGAUAAGCUUCUCAUAGCUUGCAUUAACAAGUAUGGUGAAGGAAAAUGGCAUUUAGUUCCUAAAAUUGCAGGUUUGAAUAGAUGCCGGAAAAGUUGUAGAUUGAGAUGGUUGAAUUAUUUAAACCCGACAAUCAAUAGAGAAAGUUUUGAGGAAGAUGAAAUCGAUAUGAUUUUAAGGUUACAUAAACUCUUAGGAAAUAGAUGGUCAUUGAUUGCUGCAAGGCUUCCGGGUAGGACAGCUAACGAUGUGAAGAAUUAUUGGCACACAAAUUUGCGUAAGAAAGUGGUUUUAGAAAAAGAGAAAUCUAAGGAAACCAUGGAAGCUCAUGAAGUUAUCAAACCCCGGGCUCUAACCUUUUCAACAAAUUCACCAUGGUUGAAUGGGAAACACAAUUUUGUGAGUAAUGGCAAUGCAUCAAAACUAGCAAUAGCGUCUUCAGGUGAAGAUGGUAAUGUUCCAACAGAGUGUGACAUUACUACACCUCCAAAUAUUGGAAUAGAGCCACUUUCUACAAAGGAAAUUGGUUCUUGCUCUUUAUUACAAGAGGAUAAUUCCACUUUUGAGUUUUUAGAGGAUUUUUUUACUAAUAGCCCCCCUAUCAAUGAUUCUUACUGGAAUUCUAAUUUCCUUUGGGAUAUUUAAGAUGGAAAAGUGAUGGAGUUGAAAAUAAGAAUAAUAUUGUUUGCAUGCUUUUGUA